CCAUCCCCACCACCUGCAGUGCAGGAAGAAGAAGCGUAGACUGAGGCGUUGCCAUCGAACUUAAGGCCCUCUUUUUUUGUGCAAAGCCGGUGAAGCGUCCGCCUGGGAUGUCCGCCGGCUUGAAACGAACGGCACCGGCUGAAGGGGCAGCUGGUGCGGAGGCCGGGAAACGCGGCAAUUUGCAAAGCCCGUCCGUUCCGUCGCCCGAAGCACAGAAAGAGCAAACCUCCGAUGCUUUCGAAAAUCUGAAACUGGCUCCCCAGACAGUACUGGAAACGCUCCAGCGAAGCGGGAGAUCAAAGUGUCCAAAAUGCCAUUGUUCAAGGAUGUUCUACUGUUAUUCGUGCUUCCUUCUGGUAGAUGGAGUGAGCUCUGAUGAGAUCCCUCAAGUCAAGCUGCCUCUGAAGAUCGAUAUUAUCAAACACCCCAAUGAGACUGAUGGGAAGAGUACCGCCGUGCAUGCAAAGCUGUUGGCCCGAGAUGACGUUAAUAUUUACACGUACCCUUGCAUGCCAGAGUACGGGAAUGAAAAACAUGAAGUCGUGGUGAUGUUCCCUGGACCGACCUCAGUUUGUCUUGAGGACCUUCCAAAGCACUUAUCAAACAUUGCAGACGAGAAAUCCGUUUUGGCAAAGCUCGGGAAGAAUGCGCCCAGUGACAGUGGGAGCAGUGUGCUGGAGGAACCAUCAGUUAAACAGCCAAAGUACGACUGUGAAGACAAACUUGGUUUAAGUGUGGAGGAGCCAGCAAAUGAGAAGACAAAACCAGCCCUGUUAAAACGUGUGAUAUUUAUCGAUAGCACCUGGAACCAAACUAAUAAAAUCAUCACAGAUGAGCGUCUCCAAGAAUUGCUUCACGUUGAGCUAAGAACGCAAAAGACUUGUUUUUGGCGUCAUCAGAAAGGGAAGCCAGAUACCUACCUCUCUACAAUUGAGGCGAUUUACUAUUUCCUAGUUGACUACCACACUCUGCUUUUAAAGGAGAGCUACGAUGGGAAAUAUGACAACCUGCUAUUCUUCUAUUCAUUCAUGUACAGAUUAAUCAGGAAGGCGAAACGUGCAUCAGGCAAACUGAGUUGAGCUGCUGGUUGUGGAAAAUCACUUGUUAUUUGUACAGACUGACCUUUUGUUCAGUUCAUGACUUUCAUGUUCUGGUUCAUUGAAGAUUCUUUUAAGUCAGUAGGCUGGUACUGCAAACACACUGUAUGUUUCACAUGGAGACUGGUUAGUGUAAAUUAUGCCCAUUUUUGGGCUUAUUACAUUAACUGAAAAGAUGCAUAAUUCUGCAUCAAUAUGAGUACAGUGAACCUCACAUAAGUCUUAUUAGUUGGGACCACACAUUUAAUAUGACUUAU